GUAUCAAGGGCUCGAACAAACAGAGGAAGAAGGAGAGCUUCGAAGACAGUAUGCGUUCAAACACAAGUGGCUCCCUCUAGAACACAGAAGAUUAUGGAGAAGAUUUCAGUUGGUGGAGAAGCUGGAGGUGCUGGUGGUGCUUACUCUUACAAUGCCUUGAAGAGACUUGACAAUAUUUGGUCCAACAUAUGUACUCAACCAACAGGACCGCAAGAAACUCAGCAAAUUGUUUCUAGGGUAUCUGGUUUUUCUCAAGAUUAUGGUAUGGGGAAUAAUCUCGUUGGAACCUUUGACAUAGUGGUUUGUGGGGGUACUUUGGGGAUUUUUUUAGCCACGGCUCUAUGUGCCAAGGGUUUAAGAGUCGCUGUGGUGGAGAGAAAUGCAAUCAAAGGGAGAGAUCAAGAAUGGAAUAUCUCAAGAAAAGAGAUGAAAGAGCUGGUUGAAGUUGGAGUUUUAACCGAAGAUGAGAUCGAAGAAGUAAUUGCUGCAAAGUUCAAUCCGAACAGAUGUGGGUUUGAGAAUCUUGGUGAUAUAUGGGUUGAAGAUAUUCUUAACCUCGGCGUUUCCCCAGCUAAGCUUGUGGAAACUGUCAAACAACGUUUCAUUUCUCUUGGUGGAGUCAUUUUAGAAGACUGCAGCCUCUCGAGCAUCGUCAUCUACGAUGAUUUAGCUGUUAUGCAACUUUCUAAAGGUGACACAUUAUCUUCCCGUCUGGUCAUCGAUGCAAUGGGGAACUUUUCUCCUAUUCUGAAGCAGAUCAAACGUGGUAGAAAGCCAGAUGGAAUGUGCCUUGUUGUUGGAUCUUGUGCUCAUGGGUUUAAAGAGAACUCAUCAAGCGACGUCAUAUAUAGUAGUUCAGCGGUGACCAAAGUUGCAGAUUCUAAUGUACAACUCUUUUGGGAGGCCUUCCCGGCUGGCUCUGGUCCAUUUGACCGCACUACUUACAUGUUCACUUACACUGAACCGCAAUCAACAUCUCCGAGUUUAGAGGAUUUACUAGAAGAAUACUGGAAAUUAAUGCCAAAGUACCAAGGAGUUUCUCUUGAUGAAUUGGAAAUACUGAGAGUUGUAUACGGAAUCUUUCCUACUUACCGGAAUAGUCCAUUGCAAGCAGCAUUUGAUCGUGUUCUACAGUUUGGUGAUGCUAGCGGCAUUCAGUCACCUGUUUCGUUUGGGGGUUUUGGAAGUUUGACCAGACACCUUGGAAGAUUGUCCAAUGGAAUUUAUGAAGCAAUAAACGGGGAUUUUCUGGACACUGACAGCUUAUCAAAGCUAAAUCCUUAUAUGCCAAACUUGAGUGCAUCAUGGCUGUUUCAGAGAGCAAUGUCUGCAAAGCAACAACUCGAUGUUUCCCCUGGCUUCACCAACGAGCUUCUCCAUGUGAAUUUCAGUUGUAUGCAGAGAUUAGGCGACCCAGUUCUCAGACCAUUUCUUCAGGAUAUAAUUCAGUUUGGUCCUCUAGCGAAGACAUUAGGCCUUGUCAUGCUGACCAAACCUCAGAUAAUUCCGUCAAUAUUCAGACAGGUUGGGAUACCUGUUCUGCUUGAUUGGUCUGUUCAUUUUUUCAUGCUGGGCUUGUAUACGUUCCUCUCGGCAUACAUUGAUCCAUUAAUAAGGCCGUCUUUAGAAGGACUUCCUUCAAAGACGAAGUUCGAAUGGAUGAGACGUGUCGAGGCUUGGAAAUAUGGAGCUGGCCUCGAUUAUGAGUUGUGAUUCUGUUCGUAUUUCACUGACAGCAGUAUAAAUAAUUAUAUUUGGUGCCAUCUCAGAUUUAACAGUUCAUCAUAUCUUCCAUCUCAAAGACAUCAUCGUCCAUAGUAAAUAUAUAUCUUUACAAGCUUCAUAAAUGUCUGGCUUCUCUAGCUCUUCAUGCAUAUAUACACAGAAUCAACAUCUCAGUCCUUA